AUUCUCACAGAUCCUUGCACUGCAUCCGAAGAUCACUCAGACAGGAAUACAUCAAACAAUAGCCUAGUGCGAUAGUAUAAAAAUGUUGACGCUACCGAAGUUUGUGAGAUAAAAAAGCAGAAAACGCAGAUGUGUGUGUGUGUGUGUGUGUGGGAGAUUGAACCCAUCAGAGUAACGACAGCAGUUCGCGUCAUCGUUUAAAAGUUGGAGCCGGUGUCUACUGUCAUUUAUUUUCGUGUUGUCGAGAAACGUGUUUACAAAUGCAACAACGGUGUUUCUUGUUAAGAUAUGUGUACUGACUUGAUAAAUGUCUUAAACGUACUUCAAAUGUAAGCGCGCGUAAGCUGACUGGAGUCUGUGGACGGGCUCGCGCUUCUCUUGCCGGACUGGAAUACAUUGUAUUAACGCGAGCAAAGCAUCUGUCGAUGAUUGGGAGACGGUUGCUGAAUACUGAGAGAGGAAGCGCAAAGCCUGGAGCACAGAGAAUAAGCAUCGUAUUGCGUUAAACACACGACAGCGCCCGUCCUGGAGAGGACGGAGGACUCCUGGAGGGUGAUAGUGGCCGUAGACUGGACAUCACUGUGAACCUUCACCCGGGACAGAAAAGAAAGAGAGAGAGCGAGAGAGAGAGAGAGUAAUGGGCACCAUGAUGGCAUCAAAGUGGUUUUUAUGUCCCUGUCUGUUUUGGCUGUGCGUGACAAUGUGUCUUGCUGCUGAUGCUGAGGAGAGGCUGGUAGAUUUUCUGCUUGGUCCUGAGCGCUACAAUAAACUUAUCCGGCCUGCGGUCAAUAAGAGUCAGCAGGUCACUAUUGGCAUCAAAGUCUCUCUUGCACAGCUCAUUAGUGUGAAUGAGAGGGAACAAAUCAUGACAACGAAUGUGUGGCUGACUCAGGAAUGGAAUGACUACAGACUGGUGUGGGAUCCGAAUGAGUAUGAGGGCAUCAAAAAACUACGAAUACCAUCACAGCACAUCUGGCUCCCUGAUAUAGUACUCUAUAACAAUGCAGAUGGGGUGUAUGAAGUAUCAUUUUACUGCAAUGCAGUUGUCUCCAACACUGGUGACAUUUUCUGGCUCCCUCCUGCCAUCUACAAGAGCGCCUGUGCUAUUGAAGUCCAAAACUUCCCCUUUGAUCAACAAAACUGCACGCUUAAAUUUCGUUCCUGGACCUACGACCGCACAGAACUGGAUCUUGUCUUGACGUCCGAUUUUGCCAGUCGUGAUGACUACACACCCAGCGGCGAAUGGGAUAUUGUGUCACUCCCUGGCAGAAAAAACGAAGACCCCAAUGACCUCACAUACCUGGAUGUCACAUAUGACUUUGUGAUCAAGCGCAAGCCUCUCUUCUACACGAUUAACCUCAUCAUUCCAUGCGUCCUCAUCACUUCUCUUGCAAUUCUGGUUUUCUACCUUCCUUCAGACUGUGGGGAGAAGAUGACACUUUGUAUUUCAGUUCUUCUGGCUCUUACUGUGUUUCUGCUACUGAUUUCGAAGAUCGUUCCACCAACAUCACUGGCUGUUCCAUUAAUAGGGAAGUAUCUGAUGUUUACGAUGGUACUUGUCACAUUUUCUAUCGUGACGAGUGUGUGUGUGCUCAACGUGCACCACCGUUCUCCAUCAACCCACCGUAUGCCUGAGUGGGUCAAGCGUGUGUUCCUGCAUAAGCUUCCUGCUUUCCUUCUAAUGCGACGACCAGGAAGAUCUAAUGUACGGGAGAGGUUUCGAAAGAAACACCAGCAGAAAUCGUUUUCCUCUGAUGCAAAGAGCAUAAGGUUGGAUGGAGACUCGUUCUUCUUAAGUGAUGACCCUGGACGUGUGUGCGGCGCUUGGAGGGUCGGUGACCUUCCUGAGGGGUCAGACUUCAGGCAGAGAGUUAAAGUCAGACAUGACCAAGAUGUGGAUGAGGCCAUAGAAGGUGUGAGGUUCAUUGCUGAACAUAUGAAGAUUGAGGAUGAUGAUGAAGGGAUCAUUGAGGACUGGAAGUAUGUAGCCAUGGUGAUUGACCGGCUCUUCCUCUGGAUUUUUAUCCUGGUGUGUGUCGUCGGCACACUCGGACUCUUUGUUCAGCCCCUCUUUCAAAGCUACAACACCCCCGUGGCAGAGGAAGUAUAUGGGGAUUUCUAAAAUAUCUGCUGAAUGACCCUGUGACUUUUGGACAUAACUGUUGACCAAGUUUUGACAUAUCACAAACACAUAUCCACAUUAUUGUUGUGGCAGAACAUAACCAUUGUGGGGCGAAUUCACUAAACUGUUGCACCACUUUAGUUAUGGUGUUUCAGUUCAAACAUAUGAAUCUUAUUCACAAACCACCCACAAUCCAGUUUAAGCAGGUACAAAAUAGCAUUUUGCAUUUAAAUUCAUUAUUUUCCAUGCAAACCACCUUUCUAUGCAAAUUAUUAGGCUUCUUAUAGAAUGUGUAUUAAAAUGAGUGCUGUGUGCUUGGUACAAGAUAUUUGUUUGCAUUUUCUAUUGAACUUGAUAGCAGUAAAUUAUCAAAUGAUGAUUCAUUGAAGUAGAGUGUUAUAAUAAGCCAUAAAAUCAGCCAUUACCUGAUUUGAAUAAUUCCUUUAGAUGCAAGUGAACACAUCAGCUGGUUCAAUUCAUUGUUAGUGAAUAUCCUCCUUGUGUCACAUGACAAACUCUGCCCACUACACUCUCAAAGCUAUAAACCAAUGAUUCUGUUUCUUUAGUUAAGAAUUUCUCAUUUGAGAAAUAAUAGCAUCAUAUGACAGCUGUCAGUGCCACUCAGUCGACAUCUUUGUAGCCAAACUGUUGUAUAACUAUAAUAUUUAUAUGUUUUAUGUAGUGUUCACUUUUAUAUUUUUUCAAGGCACACAUUCACUUCUGUCAAAGAAGGUUUACAGGGUUUCAAGAGCAGGAUGAUUAUCAGAGACCUUGAUACAAGGACUAAUUUUCUAAGAUGUUUUUCUCCUUCUUGCUUGACCUCACACAAAUGCAUUGACACACAAACUGUAGUUCACUCAAUAUUGUUUGAUAUGAACAUUUGAUUAUUGGCUGUGAGUGGUAUUCCAGAAAUAAAUCACAUUUUAAUUGCCUUAAAAGAAAGUUUCAUGCUGUGAUUGAAAAGCACUUCACCACCAUGACAUUAUGAUCAAUAGACUUUUCUCAAACUAAGCAUUGUAAUUUAAAAAAAAAAAAAUAAUAAUAAUAAUACAAUAAAACAUUUUU